AUGGCCAAGCUGGAGGAGACCUUUGGCAAGCUUGGGGCAAUAGCACGGCGGGUGCUGCCCCCAACGCGCACACUGGCGCUCGUGCAAUUCGCAGAGGCGGCCGACGCGCAGGCCGCCGUUGCCAAGAAGGCGAAGAAGGUUGACACAGAUGAGCCGGUGGAAGUGGCUGACCUGCCAGCUGGCAAUGACGAGGCAGAGCACACCAUCAUCUACGUCAAAGAUCUCGCCUUUGCCACCACUCACGCCACACUGAGCGGCUCCCUGACUCUGAAUCUGCACCCACGUGGCCUGGAGUACAUUGCUGCCAGGCUCAGCAGUCUGGGCGAGUUGGAGAGCGCCAAGCAGCACUCCCCAGUGGAUUUCUUCAGGGGCUGUGUGAGCGAUGUCCAGGAUUUCAAGCGGCUGGAAAAGAUCCAGCAUGUGCUGCACAGAGUGCGCACACUGCGGGUGCAGUCAUCCGCCUGCAAACUCAGGGAUCCAACGCGUGUCAACUUGAGCCCGCUGCACUCACUCACUCACUUGGAGCUGAAUGGGUGCGACCUGUCGACAUCUGCAUGGCUGGGCCUGGAGGCUGUACGCGGCAGGCUACGUUCCCUCGCCUGCCACAACUCCCUUGAGGAGCUGUGGCACCUGCUGGCACCUGCCUCCGGCCGUGCCAGAACCCCCGGCGCGGCCGAGGCGGCGGCGGCGUGGCCGAGCCUGACAUCCCUGACAUGCUCCGCAAACUCCUUCCAGACAAUGGACUCCUCCCUGGCGCUCCUGCCGGCAGUGGGCCGGCUGAAUUUGUCAGGGAACAAUAUCGGGACGGUGCAGAAUCUGACGGCAUGCGCCGCCUUGACACAGCUUGAUUUGAGCAACAAUUGUAUCACAUCGCUCGCACAGGUCGGCCUCUGCGCAGGGCCUCUGCGCCGCCUCGUUCUGCAGGGGAAUGUGAUAAAGAGCACCAAGGGCUUGCAGCUGCUGAGGGGCCUGGAGGAGUUAGAUCUUCGGUGCAAUCUCAUCGCCAGCAUCCACGAGGUCGUGCGGCUGUCAGGGCUGAGCACGCUGCGCGCGCUGUGGCUGGAGGAUAAUCCAAUUGCAUUCGCGCGGCUGUACAGAAUAGAUGUACUGGGGUGCUUCCCGGAGUCCCAGCAGCUACUCCUGGACGGCCGCGCCAGCCAGCGCUCCGAAACGGAGAUAGCAGCCCUUCGUGCGCAGGGGAAUGCGCCGCCGGACAGCUGGCGGGUGAUGGAGCGCUUUGUCGCCCAGGCCAAUCACUUCCUCCCCUGGGGCCCUCCUGUGUACGGCGAGCACCCCCUCUCUGAGGAACUGUGGGCGCCCGAGUCCCCCACAGGCUCCUCCAUUGAGCCCUCACACUCGUCUGCUGCCUCACACAGUGGCUCCAGAGGCCGAAGCGGCAAAAGAGCGCCGUCGAGGAGAAUUGUGGAGUUCUCUCUGGGGGGUAUCCGCACUGGGCAGUCAACCACAUCGCAGGAUGAGCCGGGAAGCCCUGCAAUUUUUCCUUUAUUGCAGACCCCUGGGAACAGGGGCAGCGAGGCAUCAGGCAGCGGCCGUCAGGGGAUGCGAUCCGUCAGGCUCGCGAGCCAUCAGUCGUCGAGCUCCCAGGGCGAUGACACAAAAUACUACGAUGUGAGAGAGCGGCAGAAAUCGCCGCCGCGCUACGAGCGCGCUGUUUUGGAGCGGCUUCACGAGGUACUGCCCAUGCCAGGCAGGGAGGUGGUUCCGCCGGACACAGGGUGGGAGUCGGGCUCAGAAACGCCCUCGAACGCAUCCUCAGCAAACUCGGAUGACUCAGUAUCCCCAGAGCUGCAGCGGUCCACUUCACGGCUGCUCAGUGGGAGCCUCCAGCUGGGCCUGGUCAGCGCCAGAGGCAGCCUGGCAACCAAGCAGUGA